AUAACGUGAUAAACAUUUGAGAUGUUCUCCUGAGAUUUCUUUGGAAAAUGGAAAUUGGAAUACUCAAAUUACAUUGCGUACUUAAUUAAUUGUAAUUUGUAUCGUAUUAACUGUAAGACAAAAUCAUGGUCCAUCGCUGUAUAUUGUGUGGUAGUGCAUCAAAUACACACAAAGACUUCAGUUUCCAUCGGUUUCCAAAGAAUGAAACUAUACAAUCAAUUUGGAUUGACUCUUUAAGUAUUAAAGAAGUUGUUAAAGACUGGCAUCGAAUUUGUAGUGUACACUUUUCUCCAGAACAUUUUACUUUUAAAAAUGAACGAAAGAUUUUAAAAAUAGGCGCUAUUCCAAAAAUGAAAGAAGAUAAAGAUGAAGUCGGAAAUUGUGAAACUUCCUUAGAACAUGACGUGAAUUUAAUGAGUAACAGUUUAGUUGAUGUUGAUUGUUGUCCUGAUAUUGACUUUUCAAAUGAAUCUCCACCAAGUACAAGUAAAAGGUUAAUAAGUCCAAAAAACACCAAGAAAAAGAAGAAAAAAUCUAAGGUUCUAAAUUGUAAUGAAGUAAUGUCACCGAGAAAAUCGAAUAAAUGUAAGCGACAGACGCCGGAUAAAGAAUACUCAAAAAACGAUACCCCUCAAUCAGUGGACACGGAAGUGGAGACAUAUGUUAGUAAUAAUUAUAUUGGCGAAGAUGGCGAUAAGAAAUUAGAACUUUUUGAUUCUCUGGAAGAUCACACUUCAGAAUAUCGCACCAUGACCGACACAGGUGUGAAUUUAGGCCAAUAUAGUAAUCAAACAGUUAACGAUGCCUACAGUGAUAAAAAUGUUCUCACUGGAAACACUCCUCUCCAGUGCGACUUUUGCUUUAAAACGUUUGCGUACAGAUCUAAUUUGCUUGUACAUAGAAGAACGCACACCGGUGAGAAACCAUAUGGGUGCGACGUUUGUGGACUAGCAUUUAUGAUGCAAAGUCAUUUAGUUAGACAUCAAAGAACGCACACCGGGGAGAAACCAUAUGCAUGCGAUGUUUGUGGAAAAUCAUUUUCGGAAGAAGGAACUUUAGUUAAACAUAAAAGAACGCACACCGGUGAGAAACCAUAUGAGUGCGAUGUUUGUGGCCGAUCAUUUUCGGAAAAAUAUAGAUUGGUUAGACAUAAAAGAACGCAUCCAACGUCUAACAAUGACAAAAAUGAUCUCACUGGAAACACUCCUCUCCAGUGCGACUUAACCGUCACAGGUGAGAAAACAUAUGAGUGCGAUGUUUGUGGACUAGCAUUUCACCAGCUAUGUCAUUUAGUUAGGCAUCAAAGAAAGCACACCGGGGAGAAACCAUAUGCGUGCGAUGUUUGUGGAAAAUCAUUUUCGCAGCAACAUCAUUUAGUUGCACAUAAUAGAACGCACACCGGGGAGAAACCAUACGAGUGCGCCGUUUGUAGCCGAUCAUUUUCGGAAAAAAAACAUUUGGUUACACAUACUAGAACGCACACCGGGGAGAAACCAUAUGCGUGCGAAGUUUGUGGAAAAUCAUUUUCGCAGGCACACCAUUUGGUUCCACAUAAUAGAACGCACACCGGGGAGAAACCAUAUGCGUGCGACGUUUGUGGCCGAUCAUUUUCGGAAAAAGGAAGUUUAGUUAAACAUAAUAGAACGCACACAGGCGAACGACCAUACGAGUGCGGUCAGUGUAAAAAAAAGUUCUCAACCAGCCGUGACUGUAAAAGACAUACACAAAGUGUUCAUAGAAAAUGAUUUUAAAUUUGAUAUUAUUAUUGUAGUAUAUACUAAAAUUAUCUUACCUACUCGACCAAAAUUAUACUAUGUACAUAUUAUUUAUAAGUUAUAACCUUAGACUGUAGUCCAAUUCGAUUUUGUAAUACCACUUAAUCAUAUUAAAUUCAGUUUGUAUGGAAUUAGGUUUUUGUUGUGUAUAGAGUUUUUGUGUAUUUAUUUUAUCUAUAGAGUAUGGAUGAUAGUUGAAUAAUAAAAAUUAGAAUUUUUGUA